GUUCCGCCCAUUAUAUAAUGUGAUCAAUGGGUGCGCGCUACCGGAUGUGUGGACGGCUGCACGUGAAUCGCUGUGAUGGCCAGCAGCUCUGAUGUGGUGAAGAAAGUCGUGCGGUUCCAGCGUCAACUCUCAGACGCCACAGAAUCUGCCACGGUUUUAAAAAUCUUGCAGAAACUGAAGGAUCUGGAUAUCACAUUAGACAUUCUUGCUGAAACUGGGAUUGGCAAAUCUGUUAACUCUUUGCGUAGACAUGAGCAGGUCGGAGAGUCUGCAAAGUCGCUUGUUAGAUAUUGGAAGAAAUUAGUCCCUAAGGAAUCCACAAGCCAUACAGAAGAUGGGGAUGUUUCACAGGGAAUUCACUUGAAAGACAACUUGGAUGACCACAAUCACCAAAAUAAUGGGAGUUUGACAAUAGACAAAUCAAAUGGUAAAUGUUUAACAUCUCUUGGCAAGAGCGAGGAAACUUCACCUGAGCUUUUCCUGAAAAUAGAGAACGCAAAAACUAUUUCAGAUGAACAGCAAGUUGAAAAGGAGAAAGCGCAAGGUGACUUGUAUAAAAAUCGUCAACCAGAAAAUCAGAAUAUCUUGGAAAAAGAUUUGAAGAAAAAAAUAAAAGACCACUGUGAAAAAGAUGAUAAUACAGUUGCUUCAAAGAAAAAGAAAAAUAAUCCAUGUAAGAGAAAAUCAGAUGACAGUGAUUCUGCCCUUGGAAACACAAAUUCUGAAGACACUCAAAAGGAGCAAAGGCCCGAGUCCAGGCAAAAAUCUAAAAGCAAUUCUGACACUGGAAACUCUAGUCCACAAAAGGAAUCCAACAAGAAACCAACGUUGAGUUCCAAAUCUACAUUAAAAGAGGCUGAAGAAAUUUCCCCAACUGAAUCCAGUGGAAAAAGAAGGCAGCCAGCUGAAAAAAACCAGGCCGGCCUUAAAUACAACCAGCAGUCUGACAACGAGGGAAGACCGGACCCCAAAAACAAAAAGGCCAAGAAAAACCAUAAAGAAAAGCUAUGUGAAAAUGACCAAGAGGAGCCCUCCAUGUCUUUUGAGUCUUACUUGAACUACGACUUGAACUUAUCUAAGAGGAAGGAAAGAUCUGGACCAAAGAAUCCUCCCAAAAAAAUGAAGACUCAUGAAACAGAAGCACCAGCAGGAGAACCCGACACAAAAUCUCUCAAGUCAUCUAUGAGGUCCAGAAAUGUUCCCUCUCCCAAAAAGGUUAAGCGGCCUAUAAUGGACAUGCUAAACAUUCCUUUACCUGCAGUUCUGCCUGAAUGUGAUAAAUCAUCCAAUGUUGAGUAUUUUGUGAAAGGAAAAGUUUGCCUUUCAGAUGAGAAAAUACCAGAUUUUUGUGAGAUCCCAGAGGAGUCUGUGGGCUUCACCGGUCAGAGAUUAAACAGGAAGAUGCAGGUCUACUCUGGAGCCAAGACCGCCUGUCUUCCAGCCAUGCUGACCUUGUACCAACAAUGUAUCCGCACACUCCAAAACAACAUUGAUUUGAUUUAUGAAACGGGAGGAGUACCGUUUGAAAUCCUUCAGCCGGUGCUGGAGAGAUGUACACCAGAUCAGCUGCUGCGUAUUGAAGAAUGCAACCCAAUCUACAUUGGAGCGACGGAUCACUUAUGGGGGAAACACUGUCAGAGGGACUUCCGGGACUCCAAGCUUCUGGAGUACGAGUCCUGGAAAGAGAUGUAUAUCAGACUGUCUGAGGAGAGGGAGAAGAAACUCCAAAGACUGACCAAAAGCAUCACCUCAGCACAGUCGAGGAGACCACAAGGUCGGCAGGUGAAGAUGGCGUUUAUUCACACUGUUGCCAAGCCACCAAGAGAUGUGCGAAUUCAGCAGGAGAUUCAUGGAACUGCUGUUCAAAUACCUCAUCAGCUCAGGUGCAGUGUCAAGUUUCAGGACAACAGAACGAGGCCGAGUGGUAAUGAGCAACUCAAGUCCAGUGCUGCCAGUUCAGGGACGAGCAAUACACAAGACCCUCGCAAAAAAACAAGUGAGCUGCGGCAAAAAGGAGUUGCUCCAAUGAUGGCAAAGUCCUUAAAGGCCUUUAAGAAACAGUUUGGACGUAGAUAAAUGCCCUUAGUUGAUAAAUCUUACUGUACAUGUCGAUGUGGGGAAAGUGCACUCUGUUACUCAUUAACUGAACAUGAGAAGGCUUAUGUUCACCUUUGAUUAUCUUGUGUUGCUUGCUGAUCUCUUUCACAAGCGAUGACUGUUUUUUUUUUUUUUCUGUCUCUGUCUUAAUUGAUCAGUGCUACUCACUAUUAAAUGAGCAAAGUUGUGAGCUGGUA